UGGGCGUGGCUACACAGAGAGGGGCGGGGAAUCAUGAGUGACAGCAGACCGCUGCAGGCUCAAGAUGGUCCAUUUUUCAUGUUGCCUUCAGGAAACCUGGGAAUGAACAUAAUUUAUCAAACACCUCCUGCACUGUAUUAUUUGAUAAUGUUUAGAAAACAUGUCAUGCAUAACUGCUAAAACUCAGUUACUAAAGCUCUUUCAAGCAGUAAUGUGUACAAAUUACGCCGUAACUGAUCAAUUAUGAGACGUUUUCCCAGCCACUACGUGAGAAGUGGUCAUUUCCCAUGCUCUCAAAGUAGCGCGCAUUGUAUCGGGUGGGGGCUGCUGUUAACUUGUCCCUCAGUGAACGAUGGCGUCGUCUUCCAACAACACUGCUGGCACGAACAAUCAGGAGCAGCGAAAAAGAGAGAUGCUUCAGCGACUACUGCAUAAAGUUUCCCAGGUCAUGCACAGACAACCCCUCGAUGUGGACUAUUUGCAGUUUGUUAUCGACCAUGAGAUGGUCCUUUUAAGAUCUUUGUCCGAUCAGGUUGAGAUCCCUCAAAGUAUUAUAAAUGCUCUGAUAGAGCUGUCAACUGUGCUCAGUAUGGAGGACGUCAAUGAACAAACCCCCUCUCAGACGUCAGUGUCAGAAGGAAAGCUGGGACGUCCAAAUUACAAUGUAUCGCCUGUACAGCUCCAGAUACUGACAGAAAUGUUCUUAUCAAUCACCCAAAUUGCAAAACUUCUUGGAAUAUCUGUGAGGACAGUGAAACGUCGUCUGCAUGAAUAUGGCAUUUCCAUAAAGCAGUGCUACAGUACAACAAGUGAUGAAGAGCUGGACAAUUUAGUAAGAUCUAUAAAGACAAGAACACCUCAUGUUGGAUACAGGAUGAUGAAAGGGAUGCUUCAAGCCAUGGGCCACCAUGUACAGUGGAAGAGAGUGUACUCGUCGAUGCACCGUGUGGACUCUGCUGGUAUUUUCUCAAAAAUGACAAGGCUGGGAUUUGUGGUCCGAAGGACAUAUUCAGUGCAAGGUCCUCUUUACUUGAUGCAUAUAGACACAAACCAUAAACUAAUAAGAUUUGGCCUGGUGAUAUUCGGAGGGAUAGAUGGGUACUCAAGAAAGAGUUCGAGGGGAUCAAGGGGUGGAAAAUGUUGGAAUAGCAAGAUGCAUGUUCACUAUCCGGGGCUGUGGAAGAGGAAGCUUUCUGUCAGGCAAGAGUGUUCACAACCAAAGAAUAGAGCGCUUGUGGCGAGAUGUGUGGAUGGCUGUUUCAAGCGUGCACUAUGAAACCCUUCACAACCUCGAGGAUGAAGGCCUUCUGGAUCCAACUGAUGGUGUCCACAUGUUUUGUGCCCAACAUACAUUUCUUCCACGUCUGCAGAGGGAUCUGGAUGUCUUUAGACAGGGUUGGGAUAACCACCCUCUAAAGACAGAGAGGAAUCUGUCCCCACAACAACUGUGGACACUGGGACUCCACCAGAAUCCAGUUGAUACUCCAGACACAG